GCGGGUGAAGCCCAAGAUGGAUCCCAACAGGAUCAUCCAGGCGCUGAAGGGCACUAUAGACCCCAAGCUGCGCGUCGCCGCCGAGAACGAGCUCAACCAGUCCUAUAAGAUCAUCAACUUUGCUCCAAGUCUGCUGCAAAUCAUAGUAUCCGAUCAAGUUGAAUUUCCAGUGCGUCAGGCAGCUGCCAUUUACCUGAAGAACAUGGUGACACAGUACUGGCCGGACCGUGAGCCACCUCCUGGAGAAGCGGUUUUUCCGUUUAAUAUUCAUGAAAACGAUCGGCAGCAGAUUCGGGAUAACAUUGUAGAAGGAAUCAUUCGUUCUCCCGACUUAGUGAGGGCCCAGCUGACAAUGUGCCUCCGUGCUAUCAUUAAACAUGACUUCCCUGGCCAUUGGACAGCUGUGGUAGACAAGAUAGGAUACUACCUGCAGUCUCCAAACAGUGGGAGCUGGCUUGGGAGCCUCCUGUGCCUCUAUCAGUUAGUGAAGACUUAUGAGUACAAAAAGGCAGAGGAGCGAGAUCCCCUCAUAGCAGCCAUGCAAAUAUUUUUGCCUCGGAUUCAGCAGCAGAUGAUCCAGCUUCUGCCUGAUAACUCCCAUUACUCUGUACUGCUUCAGAAACAAAUCUUAAAAAUCUUCUAUGCUCUUGUUCAGUAUGCAUUGCCCCUUCAGUUGGUGAAUAACCAGACUCUGACUCAGUGGAUGGAGAUCUUCCGGACCAUCAUUGAUAGAAAUGUACCACUGGAGACUUUGCAGAUUGAUGAAGAUGAUAGACCAGAGCUGGUGUGGUGGAAAUGCAAGAAGUGGGCAUUGCAUAUUGUAGCUCGUCUCUUUGAACGAUAUGGAAGUCCUGGAAAUGUAACUAAAGAAUAUUUUGAAUUCUCAGACUUCUUUUUAAAAACCUAUGCUGUGGGCAUACAACAGGUUCUCUUAAGAAUCUUAGACCAGUACAGGCAAAAAGACUAUGUUGCACCACGUGUUCUUCAGCAAACAUUGAAUUAUCUGAACCAAGGGGUGAUUCACUCUAUAACAUGGAAGCAAAUGAAGCCACACAUACAGACUAUAACAGAAGAGGUGAUAUUCUCUUUGAUGUGCUACAAAGAUGAGGAUGAGGAGCUCUGGCAAGAGGAUCCAUAUGAAUAUAUCCGCAUGAAAUUUGAUGUAUUUGAGGACUAUGCAUCCACAACAACAGCAGCACAGAAUCUCCUUUACACUGCUGCGAAGAAGAGAAAAGAGGUAUUACCAAAAAUGAUGGCAUAUUGCUACCAGAUUCUGACAGAGCCAAACAUUGAUCCAAGGAAAAAAGAUGGAGCUUUGCAUGUUAUAGGAUCCCUAGCAGAUAUUUUACUGAAGAAGAGUGUCUUCAAGGAUCAAAUGGAGCUGAUGUUACAGAAUCACGUGUUUCCCUUGUUCAUGUCUAACCUGGGAUACCUCAGAGCUCGAUCCUGUUGGGUACUUCAUUCAUUCAGUGCUUUGAAAUUUCACAAUGAGCUAAACUUGAGGAAUGCAGUAGAGCUGGCAAAGAAGAGCCUGAUUGAUGAUAAGGAGAUGCCUGUCAAAGUAGAAGCAGCCAUAGCCCUUCAGACCUUAAUAAGCAACCAAGAACAAGCCAAGGAAUAUGUGAAGCCUUACGUAAGACCAGUGAUGCAGGAGCUCCUGCACAUUGUCAGGGAGACAGAAAACGAUGAUCUCACGAAUGUAAUCCAGAAGAUGAUCUACGAGUACAGCCAGGAAGUCGCUACUAUUGCUGUGGACAUGACUCAACACCUGGCUGAAAUAUUUGGUAAAGUACUUCAGAGUGAGGAAUAUGAGGAAGUAGAGGACAAAACGGUUAUGGCCAUGGGCAUCUUGCACACAAUUGACACAAUCCUGACAGUUGUGGAAGAUCACAAGGAGAUCACUCAACAGCUUGAGAGCAUUUGUUUACAGAUCAUUGGCCUUGUUUUGCAGAAACACGUUAUAGAGUUUUAUGAAGAAAUUCUGUCCUUGGCCUUCAGCUUAACGUGCCAGAUGAUUUCACCUCAGAUGUGGCAGCUUUUAGGUGUUCUGUAUGAGGUUUUCCAGCAGGAUUGCUUUGAAUACUUUGCAGACAUGAUGCCUCUCUUGCAUAAUUAUGUGACCAUUGACACUGAUACUUUACUGUCUAACCCAAAGCAUUUAGAAAUCAUUUACUCUAUGUGUAAAAAGGUACUGACAGGAGAUGCAGGAGAAGAUGCAGAGUGCCAUGCAGCCAAACUCCUAGAAGUGAUUGUUCUUCAGUGCAAAGGACGGGGUAUUGACCAGUGUAUUCCCCUCUUUGUGGAGGCUGUUCUGGAGCGCCUGACUCGAGGAGUUAAAACAAGUGAGCUCCGUACCAUGUGUCUUCAAGUUGCCAUAGCUGCACUCUACUACAAUCCUGACCUACUUUUGCACACCUUGGAGAACAUCAGAUUUCCACACAAUCCUGAGCCCAUCACUGCACAGUUCAUAAACCAGUGGAUGAAUGACACAGACUGUUUUUUUGGACUUCAUGACAGAAAGAUGUGUAUAAUAGGAUUGAGCAUCCUAAUGGAAUUGCAGAACCGACCACCUGCAGUGGAUGCUGUGGCUGCCCAGAUUGUUCCUUCAAUCCUCCUCCUCUUCUUGGGCUUAAAACAAGUUUGCGCCUCACGAGAGCUCACAGAACAUGAGGAUCAUGCUAAAGAUGACAAACACUUUGCAGAAGAUAAUGAAGAGAUACCGAGCGAUGAGGAUGAGACAAAUGAAGUGAGCCAGGCAAUGCAAGAGAAUCAUGGUGGAGGAGGAGGUGGCAGUGCUGGAGGUGGAGAGGAAGAAGAUGAAGAUGAUGAUGAUGAUGACGACUGGGAUGAAGAUGUGUUGGAGGAGACUGCUCUUGAGGGCUUCAGCACACCUCUUGACCUUGAAAAUGGUGUUGAUGAAUACCAGUUUUUUACACAAGCACUUCUGACGGUGCAGAGCCGGGAUGCAGCUUGGUACCAUUCCCUGACUGCGCCGUUGAGUGAGGAUCAGAAGAAACAGCUGCAGGAGAUCUACACAUUAGCAGAGCACCGGAGAACUGCUGCAGAGACUAAGACAAUAGAACAGCAAAGUGGCUACACAUUUGACAACAAAGGACUGAUCACAGCAUUUAAUUUUGCUGGAAAUACUCCCGGUGGCAACUGAAGGAUCGGCUACAGCGGUCAAUGGAAAGGGUCUCAUCACUACAUUUUCUUGAAAUCAUCGUGACUUUUGAGUGAUAGGGGAGGGUAAUUUAAUGCAGCUGAAGGUUUUCUGGGAAAUAGCGGUGUGCUUCCCCCACCAGAAUGCUCUUUCUAACCAGCUACUGUAAUGUACAAAUUCUUGUGGUGUUUUUAUAAUUUGAUGGACUGAAAGGAAACGUUCGUCCUCAAGGAACCUGGAUGACCAGGAGGGGCCAGGCUGCAUCUAAUUGAGUUGCACUUCUCAGGUUUUUGCUGUGCAGAAUUGAUAGAUUCAAAUGGAUAACAGUGCCUUCUGUUGUACAUGGAUUGCCUGAACAAAUGGAUUUUGGAGUGCAUUAUAAUUUUUUAAGCAUAAGGACAUUUCUUGAUACACUGUAAGCCUUGGUUCCAUGUUUUCCAAUGCUUUUUACUCCUCGUUUUAAUUGUUUGUUGGUUGCAUACAAAUUGCUGGAUUCGGAAUAUUAGCACACCUUCCCUAUUUGGUGCAGACCAAAUGUAUAGAGGGAGGUGUCUCUUGUAGUUGCAGAGCAUACACUGGUUAUGUCAAAGGGUAUGGCAGAUUUUUCCUUGAUGCAGUAGUCUUAAAUUAUUUCUCUUAGCCAUGAAUUCAACUCGCUUGAGUUACAGUGGCUUGCCUGGCAGGUGGCUACCCGAAAUCUACAUCAAUAUUAGCUACUGCCUGGACAAGUGGUGUGGCCCUCUCAUGUAGAUGUUCUACAUGACAGCUUAUUUUUGCUAUUAUUGAUGAAUAUUGGAUUAUAUGUGGGAUAAUCUCUUCUGUUUUUUUUCAUUCAUUACCAUUCCAGGGGUAAUACUGAAUAAUGUGGUACAAAAUAUUUGCAAUAUUUUAUUUAUUUUGAUAGAAGAAGAACAGCUUCAAACUUACCUCUUACUAUUACACUCUGUGGUUGUAUCUCUGGUCUGCAUUGCAGUUGGUUAUUCUUGUUCCAUGCUGAAAUUUCUUCUGACAGAUUUUUUUCCUGAAUUUUGAAGACUGGCUUCACCACUGGAGGUUUAGACUAGAUAUUAGGAAAAAUUUCCUCAUGGGAAUGAUGGUCAUACAUUGGGACAGGUUGCCCAGGGAAGUGGGAAGAAUCAACAUCCCUGGAAGUGUUUAAGCAACAGGUAGAUGUGGCACUUAGGGACAGGGUUUUGCAGUGAACACGGGGUUAGCAGUUGUACUUGAUGACCUUAGAGGUCUUUUCCAACCUAAAGGGUUCUAUAGGACAAGGUGUUUGUGGAGAAUUUCAUGUAGAGAGGAAGUGAUAGCAGUACUAAUUUGAAUAGGUGCCCCUCCUUUAGGUCUACUGGGAUUGCAGUGAUAUAGCAAAAAGCAGUAGGGGUGCUUUAGAAUGUGAACUUUGGAUUGGAGAUAAAAUGUUUAGACCAGAUUUUGUCUCUGUGUUAAUUUCUUUAUGAUUUAAAAAAUAUUCACCAAUCAAUUUUAAACGCAUACUAAUAAUCUAUUUCUUUACAGCAGCGUCCCAAAUAAAAAGUCAAAGCCUUUCCCAUACCCCAUUAAAUUUUCCACAACUACAGUAAAUUACUGCUGGCUCUGUGCAGUGCCGAAGCUUUCAUUUUGUCAUUCUGGGUGAGUCUGAUAAAUCUGAGGCACUAUGUGCCUUGUCUUCUGGAAAAGGCCAGAGGAUCUCUGCCCAUUCCUGCUGGAAUUUUCCUAGCCUGGCAGCUGUGGGGCAGAAUGUUCCCUACGCUUUCCUGUUUCCUGCACCUUUUUCUCAAACUCUGAGGCUGUUUCUGUGAUGCUGCUUCCUCUUUCUUUUUUUUUUUGCCUUCCUCUCCCCAGCAGCUACAGAGUAAAGUUGCCCUGGUUCAUGUAGGUUUUUCACUGAUGCUACUUAUUUAAUAGCAACAGUGAAAAUGGGUCGUUUUCAGGCCCGUUGUACAUGUGGAAAGUUGUGAGAAUUCCAGGGUCUGUAUUUCCAAAGGGAAACAGUCUGUUGAGCUGGACAAGUUCUUUAAGGUCAAGCAGCAGAGGGCCAGGAUAUCCUUUGAAUGUCAGGUUAUGAAAAUUACAGGUCACUUGCGAAUUUAGGCCUGGGGGUGUACUGACUGAGACAGUAAGUAGGAAAGCAAUACAUGCAGUUUGCUGGGGAGUUUAUCAGAAACCACAGAAGUUUUGAAAUCAUUCAUGAAUUUAAGGAAUGUUUUUUGGAAGUUAAAGGCACUGGUGACUUCUCUCUUACCUGUCAAUUGAAGUUAGGUAUUAGGCAAGUAAACUAUUUAAGCCUUUUAUUAGUUUAUUAAAAGAAACAAGAUUGUCAGGUUGGGUUUCUUUAAAGCCCAUUUGCCUUCUCUACACUGGUGUGCAGAGUAGAAGAUGGAUUUAUUUUUCUUCUGCUAAUGAGGUUGCUUGCACGGUCACAGGCUAAUAUUUAGGAGUUGACGUGUUCAAGGUAAAAUCUGCUUUUGCAUAGCAUCAUCUUGGUGUCACUAAGCUGAACUAUGGCUGCUCCCUAGUUCUGCUUCUUCUAUACUUUUCAAAUCAGCUGCCAAGAAAAUUUCAUCCAGAUGUUUCAUACAAGAGUUUAAUCAGCAUUAUGGAGUUGGGAAUCUUUGUUGUCUAUUUUGCACUGGGGUCAGAGAUGUCUGAGGGAAUGGCAUGUAAAAAGGUUAAAUGCCUUUCCCUUCCCAGAAGAUUCAUAAGCAAAUGUUUCUACUGGCAAAAGCAAAUGUUAAUUAUUUUAUUCCUUUUUUUUUAAAGGGUUUUCAUCCAAAAAGAUUUACUGGGCUCUGGCCUCCACUUUAACAUAUGGUUCUCUUUUAACAUGAUAAAUACCCAUUUGUACAUGAUCAUAAAUAGGUAAUGGAUUUUAGGUGUUUCUUUCUGAACUGUGUCCAGCUUUGUACUACAUUAAAGGAAGAGUAACACAAAUGUG